CUGGGCGAGCGAGAAGGGGCACGGCUCAGGCGGGGGCUAUGGACGGUGGCGACGCGAGGGACAAGGAGGAGGAGGAGGAGGAGGAGGAGGAGGAGAUCACCGCGGCCACGCUGCGGGUCAAGCCCCGGCCGCUGCCCAUCUCCGCCAUGUCCACUCUGGGCUACGCCCCGUCCGAUCGCCCCGAACCCAAGGAGCUCAGCUACUACAACCGCCAGCGCCGGCAAGGGGUUAUUUCCCUCUAUGACUGUGUGUUUAAGAGGAGACUAGACUAUGACCAGAAAUUACACCGCGAUGACAGAGAGCAUGCCAAAGGCCUUGGACUCCGCAUUAACGAAGAGGAAAAGGAAAGGCCUGUCGGAGUGCUGGCAUCCUCUGCCUAUGGAAAACGCAUCCAUCAGCCCGUGGAGCCCUUGAACCGAGGCUGUGGCCGUGUGAACCACGUGCAGGCUGACUUCUACAGGAAGAAUGACAUCCCCAGCAUCAAGGAGCCUGGCUUUGGGCACAUUGCUCCAGCCUGAGGUGGCCCCGGGGCCCAGGCCCGUUCCAGAAAAGGAGGCUGCUGGGGGAGCGCGGGGCCCGGCCUGGCUUCCCUUCUCACCUCCUGCUGCAGCGACGCACCUUGACCUCGGGAGGGACCUGGCCCCGCGCCUUUGCCCGCGUUAAACAUGCCCAGCGGAGGGAUUUUCACCUGCACUUGUUUCCGAUGCAAUGAUGCUGACCCACACAUUGUAUUCUCCCAAAUAAAAGGAAAGCAACCUUG